GAGCGCUCGGCGCAUACCACGGCAGCGCGUCGUUGGAACCUCAAGCUUUGAAUGCCGUUACGAGGCUCGCGGUUCGCGUCAAUUCGAGGCCAUUGAAACAAGCGUGUAUAGCAGUUCCGAAUAAAUUUCGGUAGUAAAUUUCGAUGGUGCGCGAGCCAUUCACGAUGCGCAACAGACACGAAAGCCAGUUGGUGAUCGAAGCGCGUGCACAAGCUCCGCGGAAACAGUGAAAGACGAGAGGUGAGAGGCGAGAGGCGAGAGGCGAGAGACGAAAGACGCGAAAUCGGACCGUACUGGAGUGGACCAGACCGGACCUGAGAGGAGCGGAGUAGAGCAGAGCAGAGCCGAGCACCGUCAUCGCGCCAGUCAGCUUGCACUUCGCUAUGUGUUUACGUUCGGUUCUGUGACGUUGGAGUUGGAGACGGUCCUCUAACGCGUUCAUCGAGAGUACAACGACUCUUAGGCGUGUACCAUCGCGAGAAUUCUGACCAGGAUCUCUCCGACGUAUCUCCACGGGAACAGUUUCCCUACGAUCUACGAUUGCAAAGUGCAACUGAUUGAAAACGCCGCCGCGAUUAUGCGAGCAUCGACAAAGAGGAUGAACGAAUCGGUGAUAUCGGUCCUAUCCGAAUGAUCCGCUCGUGAUCGAGAAACACGCUUGAAAAUCUGGAAAAGUUCCGCGAAACGAGAAGAACGGGCGAGCAUGGCAUUGGCAAGGAUCAAGAGUUUCAUCGAUACGGGCCUGAAGACGGUAUCCACACCGUUGGAUCGAACCGUAAACCUGGAACCGGAAGUGGGCAUUAGAAUCGUUCAUUCGGUUAACGAGAAGACUCUGCACGUGACCGUGCUCGGUGCUCGACACUUGCCACAGAAUUUCGGCUUCACUCGCGUCAACAGCUACGUUGUGAAGGUGAAAUUGAUACCAGGAAAGGACAAGUUCGAGACAUCGACAAAGAACGAGUCCUGGCCACAAUGGAACGAGGAAUUCACGUUUCCUCUACGCAAAGAGACCAAACUAAAGUUUGGCAAAACGAAGGUCGUCGAGGAGGAGAUCAACGGAUCUAGAUUCAUCGUAGCGACUUUGUACGCGAUUCUCGAGGAUAAGCCUUUGAUAGCGACCGAUAAGAAGGAAGCGGAAAAAGAGAAAAACUCGUCCCCUGGCAAAGAAUCGGCAAAGAAAGCUGGCAAAAAGAAGGAUGGUCAAGGUGGCUCUACGGAGAAUCAAGAGCCACCGAAAAAUAAGCUAUUCGGUCAAUUGUUCGGCAAGGGGUCCGACAAACUUCCGGAAACCACUGUCACCGAGAGGAGAAUGUACGAUAAAAGACGCACCGUUGGCGCGACCACUAUUUCCCUCGAUCCGAAAAACUUCACCUCGAAACCACCGAAACCAAAGCACCCGAGCGACGCGUCGACAGGGGACAUGUGGAGACCGCUGCGACCGAUCGCGAGUGGUAUUUCUGGAGCCGAGGAAAGGAGGGAGAACAAAAAGGGUCAAGUGGAAUUGUCGCUGUGUCAAGAAAAAAAUGACAAGAAAGAGGAAAGCAGCGAACGGCUAAUUUUAUCUCUGCAUCGUCUGAGAUGUUCUUUGCAGACGAUGCACGAGCACGAAGCUCUAAAGGGUCAGAUGUACGUGAAAAUGUCGGUGGUGGACAACGGAAGAGUCACGCACUUUUGGAAAAGCGAUCGUUUCCAACCGUGCGUGUCGAUGAAAUUUUCACCGGAUAUGGCGAGAGUCGUUGCGGAUAAUCCGUAUCAGGGAGCACUCAAAGACGUCAGCUUCGUUGUUAAGUUUGUCUCCAAGAACAAAAUGGGCAAAAAAACAACCGUCGGUCAUUUUGUAAUCGGACCGGACGUAGGAGGACCCUACGGUGAACAGUGGAAACAGGCUUUAGCGAAACCGGGACAACAGAUAACGAAAUGGCAGCCAUUCGAAUAAUAACGAGAGCCAUUCGAUCAGAGAUAUGUAUGUCGCGACGCGUUAGCCUCGCUUCGAUUUUUACUCGACUUGCCUACUUUCGGUCUACGCGAACAUAAUAAAUAUUUCAGAAUACGGUAUACCAGAGACAUAUUAAGUAGAAAUAUUUGCUCGCUGGUACCGUUCCAAAGAAUACUUAUUGUUAGCCAAACGAUUGCGGACACGAAAUAUGAUGCUGGUGCAUCAAGAUUUUUCAUACUGUUUCCUACUCUUUACAUUUUCUUAGACGCAAUUUUUAUUCUUGCUUUAUUUUCACCUUUUUUUUUUAACACAGAUUACGAGCACACAAGUAUUUUGCACAUUCAACCGUGUAUAUAGAAAUUUCAACCGUCCUUGGUUCCGAGGCAGGCGGAAUCCAACAAACUCGCUCUCUGCCAGGAAUCCGAAUAACACAACCGUCCAGUAAAAUAAAUAAGUGUCUGUCAAAGGAAGAUACGCGAGAUUUAAAGAAUCCCUUAAAUCGUUUAAACAUUGCGUUUUCGUAAUUAACGACUAACUCGUGUCGUUACCUUGAAACCAAUUAACUACGUUCGAUCGCAACGAUAACAUUUCUACGUGGAAGAUACCACGAUUCCCUUUUAUAAUAGAAGAACCAAAUCAUUUUUAAUUUUCUAUUAGCGAUAGGUUAACGUAUUUUAGAAAAUUUGUAAAGAAUUAUUUAUACCUUUCUAAGUACACACGUGUAUUUUAUUAUAGAAACCGAUUAUACUAAUAAUAAAUUAGUUUGACGUAAAAAAAAAAUUGUAUUUACGAUGUUAUCGACAUAGCAUAUAUUUUCUAUGUGUAUCAAAGAUAUAUUUUAUAUGCAUUAAAUAAAACACCGCUUGUUUAUUA